AUGGCCAAACCUCUGAUGACCCUGUUCAUCUUGAAUGUGUGUUCCCCUCAAACAGACUCCAGUGGGACCCAAACACAGAUCAAGAGACUAAAAGAAGCUAAUAUUCUAGUUCCAUGUAAGUCGGCAUGGAAUACUCCUCUCCUCCCAGUACAAAAACCAGGUACUUCAGAUUUCUGACCCGUUCAGGAUCUACGGAAAGUGAACAAACACGUGGAGACCCUCCAUCCAACCAUCCUGAAUCCCUACCCCCUCCUUAGCCUACUGCUGCCAUCUCACCAGAGCUACACUGUGUUAGACCUUAAAGAUGCCUUCUUCAGCCUCCCACUGGCCAAGGUAAGCCAACCUUUAUUUGCUUUUGAGUGGACAGAUCCAGAGGGGGAAUAUUCGGGACAACUGACAUGGACACGGUUAUCUCAAGGGUUUAAAAAUUCCCCAACUUUGUUUGAUGAAACAUUGAGCCAAGAUCUCAUGCCAUAGUGAAAACAACAUCCUGAGGUCACUCUGCUACAAUAUGUAGAUGACCUUUUGUUGGCCAUUAAAGACUAUGAGACCUGCAAGGAGGCCACAAAAGACUUAUUAUGAGAGUUACAAAUCCUGGGGUAUCGAGUCUCAGCUAAAAAGGCUCAAUUAUGUACCCCAAGAACCACCUACCUAGGGUACAAACUACAGAGAGGAAAUAGAACUUUGUCCUCCAGAAGAAUAGAGGCAAUUCUAAAGAUCCUAAUCCCAAAGACUAAGAAAGAGGUCUGUGAAUUCUUGGGUGCUGUAGGUUAUUGCCGCCUAUGGAAACCUGGGUUUGCUGAAAUAGCUAAGCCCUUGAACUCUAGCACUGGGGGAAAACAAACCUCCCUGCUAUGGACUGAGAUUGAACAAAAGGCUUUCAAUGACUUGAAAAAGGCACUUACCAUGGCUCCUGCCCUAGCACUACCAGACAUAAAUAAACCCUUCACCCUGUUUCUUGCUGAGAAACAUGGCGUAGCCAACGGAGUACUUACCCAGACCCUGGGUCCAUGGAAAAGGCCUGUGGCCUACCUCUCCAAGAGAUUGGAUAAUGUAGCUGCUGGAUGGCUGGCCUGUCUCUGGGCUAUAGCUGCAACCACUUUAUUGUUGAAGGAAGCAGACAAACUAACCCUAGGGCAGAAUAUAAGCCUGGUAGCACCUCACUCUGUACAAGCUCUCCUGAAAAGUGCACCUGAGCAUUGGCUCACCAAUGCCCACAUCACUCAAUACCAGGCUUUACUCUUAGACCAGCCUUGAAUAAGGUUUCUUAAGACUACAGCUCUGAAUCCAGCGACUCUCCUCCUGGAUGAUGACCUGGAGAAACCCCUCCAUGACUGCCUUGAAACUAUAGAAACCCUGCAAGGACUCCGACCCAACUUGACUGACCUACCUUGGCCAGACCCUGAUGAGGUGAUGUUCAUGGAUGGGAGCGGCUUCAUCUCCAAAGGAAUCAGGUACACUGGGGCAGCUGUAGUCACACGGGAACAGGUCAUCUGGGCACAGGCUUUAAAUCAAGGGAUAUUCACUCAAAAGUCUGAACUCGUAGCCUUAGCACAAGCUCUAAUACAUGGAAAAGACAAAACUGUCAACAUAUACACUGACAGUAGGUAUGCUUUUGCCACAGCCCACAUACACGGGGCCCUUUAUAAACAAAGAGGGCUAAUAACAUCGGGAGGAAAAGACAUAAAAAACGAAUAGGAGAUUCUAGCUCUCCUCAAGGCCAUAUGGUAUCCUAAAAAGGUGGCCAUUAUCCAUUGCCGAGGACACCAAACAGGUGACUCAAUUGAGGCCCAAGGAAAUGCCACAGCAGACUGAGCAGCAAAAGAGGCCACACUGAAACCAGUGGGGCCAUCAAAUUCUUUAGUAGUCAUGCCGGCACCCCAGCUGCCACCAGUCCCACAUUACACUGCAGAAGAAAUCAUACAUGCCAAAGCACUGGGCACUAAGAACAAUGAUACAGCACUAGGAAGAUUAUUAAUAGAACAGCUACACCAAGGGACACACCUCGGAGCUACCAAAUUGACUGAAUUGUUGUGGAAAAAUUAUUAUAUUCACAAAUUGGACAAAUUAACAAAAGACUUUGUACAACAAUGUAAAGUUUGUUCACAAGUAAAUUCAGGACGAAAACCAGAAGCACCUACAGGAACCAGAGCACGGGGAUCUAACCCUGGAGAACAUUGGGAAGUGGACUUCACCGAGGUGAAACUGGGACAGUAUGGGUACCGACAUGUCUUGGUAUUUAUAGACACCUUUUCUGGGUGGGUGGAAGCUUUUCCUACAAAGACUGAAACUGCUCACGUAACACUUAAGAAAUUAUUACAGGAAAUUAUUCCCCAAUUCAGUCUGCCUAUAACUUUUGGGUCUGAUAAUGGUCCGGCUAUCAUAGCCCAAAUUUCUCAAUUAUUAGCAAAAGCCUUACAAAUAAAAUGGAACUUACACUGUAUUUAUAAGCUACAGAGUUCAGCACAGGUGGAGAGGAUGAUUCGGACUUUAAAGGAAACUUUUACUAAAGUAAAAUUGGAGACUGGUGAAAACUGGGUGAUCCUCCUUUUCUUUGCCCUAUUAAGGGCUAGAUGUGCCCCAUACAUAAAGGGAAUCACCCCAUAUGAGGUUAUGUUUGGGAGACCACCUCCUUUGCUACCCCACCUCAGAGAUGACAAACUUGCUGAGCUUACUAACCAUAACCUCCUGCAGUCUCUCCAAGCCCUCCAGCAGGUGUUCAACCAGAUCCAUCCCUCGGUCGAGAAGCCUACCUGCCAGCAAAGGAUCUGA